AUGAGUCGAAAAGUCAUUGAGGAGGGAGAAGCAGAUUGUAUGAGUGAGCAGGCAGAUGUUAAUUUUGUGAGUAGCGAGGAAUUGCCUGAAAACAGGAAGAACAAUGAGCAUGAAGAUGAAAAUUUGACAGGGUUGAAGUAUUUGGUGCAAAAAGGAAAAUUCCGUCCUCAAACAUAUCUUUGGACUUCGAAAACAAAUCAAGGAUGGCAGUUUCAAAGAGAUUUCAUUCGCAGGUCUUUGGCAUUUGUUCAGUCACGGCGAUCUAAUGGUUACCAAUCCCAUAUCGAGUCUUCCAUGCUGAAUGUGGAAGCAGUAAGGAAUUUGGAAGUGGAAUUCAUGAUGAGCGAAGUAGAUUUGAAGGAUCCUGUGCUGCUGGGAGGAGACGAGACAAUUUUGCCCGACGGACAGAAAACCACAGGCAAAUUUCUCAAGGUGGAAGCAUUCGUGUCUCACAUCAAUAGACCAUUGUACGCCAUCACUGGCACAGACUUUGCAUACUGCCAUCAUUUAUCUGUGAACUUCCCUGAUUCUGUACUUUCUACCUUGUUCUUGUAUGUAGGAUUUCCAAUAGCAUCAAGUGGUAUGAAUGCAUGCACCUUCAUUACCCGCAUCCGAGUCAUUGUGGGAUCGGGUCUGGCUGGAAAAGCAGGCACAACCUCGGCAGUUUUCCAAUAG